GAGCAUGAUCAACAACUUCCGUUGUACCUUGUGAUGUGUCCAAAACUUCGCUGUAUCUAUGAUUGAAUGAAUUUAGAGUUUUGCGUCAUCGUUUACAUCAUGAUAGUUAACUAAGCAGUCAACAUGGCAUCAGAAGCAGUUUUUCUUUUUUCCAUUGUUGUCUUUCUGACAAUUUUCCCCUUAUUUCCAUGUGCUGAAUCAGAUACUUCAUCAAAAUCCAAUACAACUUCCACAGUGAUAUUGGACACCACGACACAGAACAGCACGAAUGGCACUGUUACGCCGCCAAGUGAAGGUGGAAUAAUGGAAACCAUUACAAAUAACAAGGACAUGUUAAUGAGAGCGUUUUAUGUGUUGAUAGGAAUAACUGCUAUAGUAGUGGUGUACUUUGGAGUUAAGGCCUGGAGGCUGAGGAGAAAACGUAACAAGUCAAAGAAAUAUGGUUUGAUUACUGGGCGUGGAGCAGACUAUGAAAUGGCGCCACUUGAUGCGGAUGACGACGACGACGAUGAAGACACAACUGUUUUUGAAAUGAACAGAAGAAAAAAGUGAAUUUCUUCAAAUUGAGUUGGGAUGACAAAAUGGACUGUCAAAAUGCAACAGAGGAAUCCACGGAAUAUGCUGUAAAUUUACAUGGGGCUUUAUUGACCGUACAUUUGAUAAAACGUCCACAUACACAUAUUUUAUUGAACAUUUUGUUCACUACACUUAAAGUGAUUGUAGUCAGCUUUAAGAAAUCCAUUGUAAAAAUUUCAUGUACCUCAUCAUGUUGAUUGAAUUAUUUAAGAUCUGGGUUUUACGCAACAUUGACAUUUUCUAGUUGCAUAAUGCCAAUGAGAUUAACAAGUGCUUGUACUUUAAUCAUAAAUUCAAUUAUAGGGAUAUGACAUGAAUUACAGAAUACUCGAAUGACAUUAAAUGUGAAAGAGAAGGUGCUGUUUUAAACAUGACUUACUCUGUCUUGGUGUGACUAUCUGUUAUGAAAUCCAGUUCUAUUUUUGUAUGUUUUGUAUUCUUUCAGUGCUUUAGGGAGUAUGACUUAUUAAGUUUCUGUAAAUUGUUGAGAUGGAUGUUUCUUCUGUGUUAUUGAUUGGUCAGAAAUUGUGUGGGAUGAAGCUUUUUUUUUAUUUAUUGAGCACAUGUUUGCAAGUUUGUAGUGUGGAAAUAUGUUGGGUUUUUCUUUAUCCAUUUGAUUAAUUCCAUAUUAUUUUGUAUAAUGGUGAUGGUGCUUUAAUGUUAAACCAAAACUUUCUAUUCGUUCAAAUGUGAUGUAAGCAUUUUAUAAGAUUGACUUUACAAGGUGUAUUGUAAGUUCAACCAAAGCAAUGCUACUUCAACCAUUUUCAGCAGAGGAGCAUCAUUAAGUGUUUCUUAUAGUAUGAAUUGUAAUUGUAGGUCCGAGAUGAAGGUAUACACACAUUACAUUGAUGCUUACAGUUUAGGAAUGUUCAAAGUACAUGCUCAAAUAUUAUACAAUCAAAAUAUUGUCCAAGAUGAAAACUGUUUGAGAAUUUGAAAUUGUAUAUAAUUUUGUUAGCUUGCAAGUACAUAUUUUGAAUUAAUGAGACGAUCAAAUAUUAAUUAUAAUUCCCUGAGGCUCUAAAAUCACUGCUUUGUCAUACUGUUUUAAUGAUAGAUAUGACAUUUAGUUUUGUUUUUAGGGUAUUUUGAACUGUUCUUAUUGGUGUCUGGGAUUUCGGUCACCUGAAUUACACGCACCCCAGUCACAUGACCUAUCAUGAUAAGUGCCAGUCACUUGUUGUCUAUCCUGUUUUAUUAGUUAGCAUUUGGAAUAUUCAAUUUCGUACAUGACCAAUUUUUGCCAAAUAUUGGUAUAUAGCGCUUUGGGGGGGGGGGGGGAUGGAGGGGAUGGAUGGUGAUGAUACAAACAAAUAAAAGUUUCCCACUUGUUGCACCAGCAACCCCCCCACAGCAACACUUUAGUGCUAUAGGUUGAGUGUCUUGUCUUGUACUCAGGUGACCGUUAAGGCCCAUGGGUCUGUUGUUUUUUAUAUGCAUGAAAUGCAUAUUGAAUUACUCAUUGCUCUUGUAUGAUGUUUAUUAUACUUGCCUUAUUCUUUAUCUAUAAUAGAUAAUUGUCGUUCAA